AUGCGCAACCACUGUAUCUUUUCUGCUACAUCAAUGCUGCACAACAUGUCUGUUUCACGCCAACCUUGGCGGGUCAUCCUACCGUUACAGUCCGUCAUACGCCCGCCGGUUCUCCGUGCACCACUUGGGGUCCGAUACUACUCCAUCUUCGAGGAUUGGAAAGGGAGUUCGGCGGAGGACCACAUACGCAAGAGGUCUCAGAAAGGUGAUACAGACGAUGUACAUUCAGAGGCAGUGGCCUCUGGAUUGGAGGAGAGGAGAGCAUACCAGGGAAUUGCAGAUGACAGCAAGUCACAGGGAAUGACCGAGAGGGGCGGGACCAAGCAUGGGAAGAAGGCUAAGGAGGAGCAUCCCAAUGCGCCAGAGCCAAUCAUUGGCAUGAACGAUGAGCGGCAAAAGGGGGGUUGA